ACAUACAUGGCAGAAGGUUCCUCCUUACAUCCUAAACUCCAAAUGUCUUCAAAUACACCCAGAGAAAUCAGUUCCGAAAUGCCUCAAGAUCCUGCAAGGAAUUUACCUUUUCAAAUGUAUCAGAGUCCCCUGGUGACCCCAAGAAGUCUAAUGCAAUCAAGACUUUCAGUUCCUGAAAGACUUGACCUAUGUCACCAGGAGUCCCAAGGGCCAUCAAGAAAUUCAAGGAACCCAAUGCAACCAGGUCUUGUAAUGGGCCCAGGUUUACCAACACUGAGAAGACUAUCAGGCCAUCCAAGUCAUCAGAUAUCUUCAAGUCCCUCAGUGAGACCUGGUUUACAAGUUCCCAGAGGACCCACGGCACUGCAAGAUAAAUAUGGUGACAAACAAACUCACUCUGAGGGUCCAAAAAAGGAACGAAAGGAACGUACUGUGUACACCAAAGAGCAAAAGCACCUGCUGCAGACACAUUUUCAGAAGCAGAGGUAUCCAAAGAAGAAGGAACUUAAGGAGCUGGCAUCAUUGGUUCUUGCGACAGAGACAGAGAUACAGAUCUGGUUCAAGAACACUCGAGCUAAAUACAAGCGGAUGAAUCUCCAGAAUAUUACAGAAGCUCUGCCAGAGACAAAUCAAAGCACAAAAGCUGUUUCUGACUCAACCCAUUUUCCUGGUUCCAUACCUGUUGUUGCCACUGAGAAAGGAGAGUCCAUCUGUUCAGCCACAUUUGGUGUGGAUUCCAUUCCCAGACUCAACUACAGCCAGGAAUCCACUCUGCCUCAUUAUCAGGCCUGUGAUGAUGACAGGUGUAAUCAGCAAGAAACCCUGAUUGAUGGCUAUGUUUCUGUUACAGCUAGGGACUCUGGUCAACCCACAGCAGUUGAAGUCCAGACUGACCUAGCAGUAGCUGAAGCUCCAGUUGGCUUGGAAGCUGCUGCCCAAGUCACAGAGGAUGCUCAAGGUUCAGGUCCAUCUGCAGAGGAGCUCUGGCAAAGGAUCCUUGAUGAUUUUGAUAAUUCAGAUGACUGGCUUAGUUUUUCAUACCUUCAAGACUGA